CGAUGGGUGGCGGCGGAGAAGGAGAAGACGAGGUCGGAUGUGGCUCUGAUGUCGAGUGCGUCGGGGAGCGGGCGUCGGGAGCGAUGGAGCACGUCGGACGGGGCAUCGACGACGACAGUGUGCGUGAGCUGGACAGAGAGGGAGAAAUCGUCGGCAGGAAUUCUGAGCGAGGACGUCGAGGCGAUGGUGGGCAUGGCCGCGCAGAGGACGAAUGUCGGUGGCGGGGAAGUGGCGAGAUGCAGAUUGGAGGCGUGGGAAGUAGUCGCGUGGCGGUGUGACGGCGAACCGGUGCUCACUGCUUUCGCUCUCCCGUCUGGCGAGCAGGAUCCCAUCGAAUUCUUCUUGCUCUCGACGUCCAUCUCCCUUUCUUGUCCGCUCAUCUUCUCUCCUCGUAUUGAGCACCCACGCAAGGUCGCGGCACGCUCUCCAUGGCCGCUGAACUAGACCAGAAGAUCCAAGAUGUCUACAAGCGUAUCCAGACAGAGCGCAAGUUCCUCGAGGCCUCCCAGCUUCUUCGCCAGGCGACCACCAACCAGAACGUCCUCCGUCAGAACGAUGCCAAGAUCAAGGAAACAGAGCGCUCCUUAGCCUACUUCGAGGAUACCCUCCGCGAACUCCAGGCCCGCAAGCUUCAACUCCAGCGCGGCGACGAUCCAAAUAGAUCCCCUCAUCCCUCCAACUCUCCUACCCUCAGACCGACGCAGCCCGGUGGACGAGAUCGAUACUCACAACCCUCCGACCUCGAUCCGUCCGGUCGUGCCCAACAAUCGCCCGAGUUCAAUACGGCCCAACUGGCCGAUGAUGGUGCCCCCAAGGGAAAGAACUACACGAACCUAGACUUGAUCAAGGCAGAUACCCCUCACUCUACCGCCAAGAUCUCCCGUAUGCUUCACCAACUCGAGUUCAAGCUCCAGGUCGAGAUGCAGUACAAGAAAGGCAUCGACAAGAUGGCCAAACUCUAUCAGGCUGAUGGUGAUAAGAAGUCGCGUGCGGACGCAGAGGGCAAGCGUGUAGAGAGCGAGAAGAAAAUCCAACUCCUCCAGACCGCUCUCAAGCGUUACAAAAACCUGCACAUCCUUGACGACGCCGACGAUGACGAGGAAGAAGACGGGCAUGAUGGCGAUUCCAAGGUGAUGCGCAACAAACCGUUAUCGGGCAAGCUUCAAGUCAGCGUCAUGGGAGCCCGUGAGCUCGAGCAUGCCCCAGCUCCGAUGCUCCGCGCCCGCUCAAAUAAGCAGGGAACCGACACUUUCGUCUCUCUCAAGGUGGAAGGGACCCAGCGUGCGCGCACCCAUCCCUCUCGUACUGAUCGCUGGAACGAGGACUUCGAGAUCACCGUCGACAAGGCAAGCGAAGUUGAACUCGCUGUUUAUGACAAGCACAUGAGCGAGCAGCAUCCUGUACCCAUCGGACUUCUCUGGAUUCGUAUCAACGAUCUCGUUGAAGCCCUUCGUCGUCAGAAGGUGAUGAUGGAGAAUGGCCAAGGCGGCUGGGUUACCGCUGGUGCCAUGAAUGCGCCUGGAAUGACUCACGCUGGCACGCAAGGCCACCAAAGCAGUGGCUCUGGCGACUACAACGCUCCACUCCCCAAUACGAUGGCUCAGGGCCCUGACGGUUCUGGUGGAUAUGGCACUCAGUCGGAAGGUAUUGAUGGAUGGUUUGCCGUCGAGCCUGCUGGUGCAAUUGCUCUCCGUGUCAAUUUCGUGAAGGAGAACGUACGCAAGCGUCCGUUGGAUGCUCCAGGAGGUCUCGGCCGUCAAGGCGCGGUUCGCAAGCGCAAGGACGAAGUCCACGAGAUGAACGGCCACAAGUUCGUGCAAAAGCAGUUCUAUCAGCUCAUGCUCUGCGCUUUCUGCAACGAGUUCCUUCUCAACGCUACUGGAUACCAAUGCGAGGAUUGCCGUUACACAUGUCACAAGAAGUGUUACGAAAAGGUCGUCACGAAGUGUAUUUCGAAAUCCACCGCCGGGGACGGAGACGAAGAGAAGAUCAACCAUCGUAUCCCUCAUCGCUUCGAGCCACUCACCAAUAUCGGGACGAACUGGUGUUGUCAUUGCGGUUCCAUGCUCCCUCUGGGCCGUAAAAACGCUCGUCGAUGCACGGAGUGUGACAUUACCUGCCAUGCUAAUUGUGCCCACCUGGUUCCCGAUUUCUGCGGCAUGUCUAUGGAAACGGCUAACCAGCUUUUGCGCGCCUGGAGAGACAUCAACGGCGAGCGCGGAGGCAAAGCCGCUUCGAAGCCCGCGCGCACUCAGACUCGGCCACAGGCCGCAUUGCCGCCCACUUCACCCGACAAUAUGACCCAGGUUUCUGGAGAGAUGGAACGUCUUCAAGUCACAGCCACCCAAACCCAACAACCUGCGGAUACGGCUUACAAUCGUCAACAGCAGCAACAACCCCUUCCGGGAUACGACAGACGACAGCAGCAACCCCUUCCAGGCGCGUUCCCAGGUGGUCCACCGCCAGGUGCUCGCCAACCUAUGCCCCCUGGCUAUGCAAACGAAGUCCCCCAACAACCAAUGGGUCGUCCGAGCUCUAGUUAUGAGCAACCCAUGGCAGGGGACGGGUACGCUCAAGGUCGUCCUCAACCGCCGGUUCCCGGCGUACCACCGAAACCUUACUCUUCUGGCGGCUCUCCUGUCUCAACGCCCAUACAACAGCGGACUUCGUUACCGGCGCCCCCAGUGCAUCCGGCUCAGCAGCAGAUUGCACAACGGCAGUCAAUGCAGCAGGCUCGGCCGAAUCGGAAGGUCGGGCUGGACGAUUUCAACUUCUUGGCUGUGCUCGGGAAGGGUAACUUCGGUAAGGUCAUGUUGGCGGAGGAGAAGACAUCGAACAGCUUGUAUGCCAUCAAAGUUUUGAAGAAAGAGUUUAUCAUCGACAACGACGAGGUCGAGAGUACACGAUCCGAAAAGCGUGUCUUCCUGGCGGCUGCGAGAGAGCGACACCCGUUCUUGCUCGGUCUCCAUUCAUGUUUCCAGACGGAGACCAGGGUGUAUUUCGUGAUGGAAUAUGUUAGCGGAGGUGAUCUCAUGUUGCACAUCCAGCGCAAGCAAUUCUCCCUCCGUCAAGCCAAGUUCUACGCUUCCGAGGUCCUCUUGGCCUUGGAAUACUUCCAUGCGAACGGAAUUAUCUAUCGUGAUUUGAAGCUCGACAACAUUCUUCUCACUCUCGAUGGACACGUCAAGGUCGCCGAUUAUGGUCUGUGCAAGGAGGAAAUGUGGUACGGUCAGACGACGAGUACGUUCUGUGGGACACCUGAGUUCAUGGCGCCAGAGAUUCUCUUGGAACAACGCUACGGCCGCGCUGUUGAUUGGUGGGCGUUUGGAGUGUUGACCUACGAGAUGUUACUCGGACAGUCUCCUUUCCGUGGUGACGACGAGGACGAAAUCUUCGACGCCAUUCUUGAGGACGAGCCCCUUUAUCCUAUCACGAUGCCUCGCGAUGCUGUGUCGAUUCUGCAGAAGCUUCUCACACGUGAUCCUACAAGACGUCUCGGCUCUGGGAAGAGCGACGCUCAAGAAAUCAAGAGUCACCCAUUCUUCAAAGAUGUCAACUUCGACGAUGUCUUCAAUAAACGUAUCCCUCCCACCUACUUCCCAGCGAUCAGCGGCAGCGCGGAUACGAGCAAUUUCGACGAAGAGUUCACGAAAGAGCAGCCGACACUGACGCCAGUCCACGCGCAACUGACUUCGCGCGACCAAGCGGAGUUCAACGGAUUCUCGUGGGUUGCAUCUUGGGCAGAUACUGUAUAAGAAGUUGGGUGCUUGUCGUGGUUUCUGUUGCAUCGGACGCGUUCGUGGUGUGGUGAACUAACUUCUGCCGCUUGUUGCUGUACGUAUACGUUUGGAAGCGUCGAUGAAUCUUUGUUGUGACUGCAGAUUGCCUGUAUUUGGAUACCUAUCACGUACAUUCCGGUGUCUCAUUCGCCAACCCCCUGUGUCUUUAUCUUUCUUUCUCUGCCUCUUUCACCGUACCCUUUGCCUAUCCGUAGCCAACGGUAUCAUGUUGAUGAUGAUGAUUAUGACGACCGACCACGAAUUACUCUCGCUCUCAACUAUCUGGAAGAGAGGACGUGACCUCCUGUACCGGGCAGACCUGGAGCCUGUUCCAUUGAUAUGUCGGCGUCCCCCUUUUGUGCUCGCAUGAGCUCGUGAAAGCGUCUCCAUAGAGAGGCGAUCGUCUCAUAUUCCUUCGUCAUUCCAAGCACUUCGUCGAGCUUUCGAUUCAGCGUGUUGCUGGAGGAGAGUAGCUCUUCGAAUCCGCUGGUUAUUUCGCUGGCCAAUUUGUCGCGUUCGCGGUCAAAGUAGCUGGAAUCGUCUGUCCUCGACAUGAUUCUCUGCG